AGCUUUUCCAGAGUAGAGGGAGAGCCCCUGGAGAAGAGCUUGUGUGCAGUGGGAGUCUCUGCAGCAGCCUGUUAGCAGGAGGAUGAGAGGCGGGAAUUUGCAGCGUGGUGCCAGGCCCCAGGCACGGAAGAGGGGGAGAGCCAGGCCAGCGGACGUGUGAGCGGAGCUCCCGGCUGGAAUGCACCAGCUCAGCAAGGGAUUGUCCUCGCCGGGCCGGGCGGGUGCUGCGCCCGGAGCCUGGUGGCCGUGACAGCUGCCGGACCAUGGCGGCCGCAGACAGCCCCUCCGCCGCCCUCCGGCGCCGCGACCUCUGCAGCCGCGGCAUCCGCCUGGCCGGCAAGAUGCGCGCCGAUGUCGUCGACCUCCUGGACGCCUACGUGGAGCAGCAGGGCCUGGACGCCUCGGCCAGCGUGGCGGCGAUGGAGGGGGUGCCGCUGGCGGCCGUGGAGCGCUGGGACGAGCAGACGGGCACGCAGCGGCUGCUGGAGAACCUGGCGGCCUACCGGGCCUUCCGCGCCCUGCUGGCCCAGAUGCUGGAGGAGCAGCGGGAGCAGCUGGGCGAGGCGGACGCGGGCCUGGGCCGGGCGCUGGCGGCCGUGCUGCUCCAGGUCUCGGCCUUCGCCUACCACCUCGAGGAGCUGCUGCGGCUGGAGAGCCGCGGGGUCCCCGGCGAGGAGGGGGACGGGCCGCCGGCCCCCUCAGCAGUGUCCGGGUGUCACACCCUCCUCACCUUCCCGGGGGUGGGCAGGGACAUCUGGAGUGUGUCCUUGAACCUCACCACCCCACCAGGUGGGAACAGACCUCUUUUCUCCGGCAGCACAGGCCGGGUAGGAGGUGACCUUCAGAUCCGGGGAGCCGGCCAAGGCUGCAACCCGAUCCUCCCACAUCAGCGGCUGGCAGAGAGCUGA